AUGGCUGCCGUUAUCACUUUGCAGUCGUCCUCGACGACUGCGCCAGCGGCUUCUGCUGCUUCGUUCCAAUCGUCAGACCAACUACUUCGAUCUCGUGUACAAAACCAACCGUCUCAACAGCCAACCGCCACACCCCUUUCACCUUCCACAUCCAUUACUGCCUUACCCCGAGUGCCUGUACCAGGUCGGGAUGGGCAAAGUUGUGACGCCUGUCUGCGCAGAAAGAGCCGGUGUGCCAUGAACGAAAUGGUCAAUAAAUGCUACUCGUGCGAUUUUCAUCGUCAAGAUUGCACAUUUACCCUAUCCGUGACGAGUCGCCCGAGCACGGCGGAAGUACAGUCCAAAAAGCGAAAGCUAGAUGAUAUUAUCCUAGAGGAUGUAGAAUCGCCCAAGAGACCUUCGACCAACCCCCCAGUUUCCAAAACUAACCUGGCUCGUUCGCCAUUGAAUACUCAAGCCCGGAUCACACCAGGGUAUUGGUAUCAGCGAACUCAACACAUCGGCUUGACCACCGACUUGGAACCCGCCCUCCUCGAAUUCCUCCCCUUGGACCAAAACCACGAAGGCAUCAUUGCGUCGUCCCGUGUACGAAAGUUCGGUGACGACGGCACCUUCAUGCGGAUGGUUAACACCUUAUCCCAUGCGGACUCCCCGCAAUCCGCCUCCCUAGAUGCCAUUGAGAGCCUAGUUGCCCCCUAUGGCUCCACUUUGAUUGAUAAGUUUUUCGAACAUAUUCACCCAACGUUCCCCAUUCUCAUGGAGGAUUCGUUUCGUCACUCUUACCGCGCUCGACAAGGCUUGUCUCCUCUCUUGCUGUCCGCUGUCUACGUGCUAGCAUUGAAAUUUGUGGAUGUGGGACCGGCUUCCCAGUCUGUACGACGACCAGAUGCUGCUCGUUUGGAGAGCACGGCCUUGAAGUUACUGAUCGAAUCUCUACCCUAUGCAUCUAUCUCAACCAUCCAAGCGGGUGUGCUCCUAAUGGAAAAGUCUACGAUUGCCACACACGCGUUGAACGCGCAAUUGGUCACUGCAGGCUUCGAGCUAGGGCUCCAUCAGGAUUGUUCUGGAUGGCGGAUGGAGACCUGGGAGAAGGGUCUCCGAAAACGUCUUGCGUGGGCAUUGUAUAUGCAGGACAAGUGGUCCGCGUUGGUGCAUGGUCGUCCGUCCCAUAUCGUAUCCUUUAACUGGACGGUACAAGAUCUGGUCGAACAAGAUUUCGCCGAGGCAUUCCCGUCCCACGACUCUCAAGACGACGAUCCCGUGGGUCACGGCCCGCUCUAUUUCUGUCACAUGGUUGCCUUAACGACUAUCCUCUCCGAUAUCUUGGAUCGCUUUUACACCUUGCGGGCGAUCGAAGAGUUCAAAGCCGCUGGUGGUAACCGGACGCGUAUGAUCUUGGAACGCGCCAAACCAGCGCAGAUCCGGCUGAAGGAAUGGUUCGGGCGUUUACCUGCAGAACUGAAAAUGGAGUCUGGCGGGGACCUUUUCGAAGUCAUUAACGAGGACAAUGCCCGUAACGGCGCCUUGCACCUGUCCUACUUCGCCACAGAAAUCACCCUUCACCGCUGUAUUGUACGGUCUCUCUCCCCGAAGACCGCCGAUGCCUAUUUAUCGCACAUCUGCCGCUCUGCCGCCAAAACACGAUUAAUCUCGGCCAUGGACUUUGUGAAUCGGCUUCGCCCGCCGCACCUGAGGUCUUUCUGGCCGGCCGCAUCGCGGACCAACUUCGCUCUGAUCGGAUCCUUCGGGGUGCUCCUGCGUAUCACAUCCCCAACCAAAGAGGAAGCCGAGUUCUAUCGUCUCCGGCUCUGCGAAUACCGCUGGACGCUGAGCGUCAGCAAGAAGAACGCCGAAUUCAUGGAGUUCGCUCUGGACAGCUUGGACAACGCCAACACUCUCGAUCAGCAUGUGCCCGAGAAACCGGGCAUUGACGAGCUGAUGACUAGCGCGGCCAAGCCGACCGUGACUCAACCCCGUCCAGGCACGGCCACGCAGUUGGAAAACACGAUUCUAGCAAUGGACCAAGGAAAUGACAGCGGACGUGGAGGCACUUCGUCUGUUAUAUCUGGCUUAGCCUCUCCAGCAACAUCAGUCAGCGAGGACAGCCUUCAUGAUGCUGCAGUUCCACCAUUAUAA